AUGUGUGUGGCUUCAUUGCACAAGAUUAGUUGUUUGUUCCAUAAUAUUGAACAGUGGAAGGAUGGAAUGUUUUUACCAAUCACAAUUGCAGAUAGAAUUGUAAAUCCUCGUCCAUGGCAUUCCUGUUUGGCUAUGGAAACAAAAGCAAUAAUUGCUAUUAGUGAUGAUGGUAGGAGACAUGAACUUGGUGUUAUGUCUUGUCCUUGUGAAGCUUUUCCUAUUACCCUGGCAAGAUUACAUCUAUGGCCAACAAGUUCAAAGCAUCCAAAUAUGGCACUAUCUUUUGAUCUUCUAGACUGGAUGGAAGCUUUGCUUUUGGAGUGCCAAGUGUCAGCCAAUGAUUUAUGUAAAGCUUUAAAUUUCAAAAUUCCAAAAUAUGUCAUUGUUUAUGAAGCAUGA